UCUGUGUAAAAUGAUACUUGCAGGCGCAUGCAUGGGCACAUCAAGGAUGUUUAUCUUUUUGUGGUUGAGCAACAUCCUCUGAACUGGCCAUAUAAGCAACUCAUUCUGGAUCUUGUGUUUCAGUGCCGCCUUUCUUUUAGCAUCAGAAACAAGCUAUGGCGCGUUCAUUGCUAGCUCUUGCUAAAACCUUGUGUUUCGUCCUCCAUGUCCAGUCAUGUACUUGUGGCGAGGCUGAGAUCAUCGGAGGGAAGAAGGUGAAGGCUCAUUCUCUGCCCCACAUGGCUCUCCUGUAUAACAGUGAAGGAAAUCCUGUGUGCGGAGGUACCCUCCUCUCUUCCACAUGGGUGCUGACCGCGGCCCACUGUUUCAAGUUCGAAAUAGAUACAGUGCGUCUCGGGGUGGUCACCAUUAAAAACAGCAAGACGGAUGGAUUUGUUCAGGCCCGGAAGGUUGCAAAGCAAUACAAACAUCCUAACUACGAAAAUGCCACUUAUCUCCAUGAUCUCUUGCUGCUUAAGCUCAGCCAAGCGGUGGAAGAGACCAUGGCCAUAAAGUAUUUGCCAUUGGCAAAUACAAUCCCAGACCCAGAGGAAGGCACCAUAUGUAUGGUGGCUGGAUGGGGGAUGGUCAACGUUCAUAUUAAAGCCAUGUCAGAUGAUCUGAUGUCCGCCGAUGUCACUGUUAUCAAAAGGGAAACGUGCAACUUAACCAAAUAUAAAAAUACCAAGUAUACCAUCACUUCUGACAUGGUAUGUGCCGGAACUGUAGACGAGAAUCCGGACGUUCGGGAUACUUGUCGGGGAGACUCUGGAGGACCUCUGAUGUGCAACGGUGUGCAAGUAGGAAUCACUUCCUUUGGCAUCGGCUGUGCCAAUAGGACCAAACCAGGAGUGUAUGCUUUGCUUACCAAACAACACAUUGAAUGGAUAAAUAAAGUAAUGCAGAAACAAGAAAUUGAGCAUCAGAAACAAGCUAUGGCGUGUUCAUGGCUAGCUCUUGUUAACACCUUGUGUUUGGUCCUCCAUGUCCAGCCAUGUACUUGUGGCGAGGCUGAGAUCAUCGGAGGGAAGAAGGUGAAGGCCCAUUCUCUGCCCCACAUGGCUCUCCUGUAUAACAGCGAAGGAGAGCCCGACUGCGGGGGAACCCUCCUCUCUUCCACAUGGGUGCUGACCGCGGCACACUGUGAUGAGUUCGAAAUAGAUACAGUGCGUCUCGGGGUGGUCACCAUUAAAAACAGCAAGACGGAUGGAUUUGUUCAGGCCCGGAAGGUUGCAAAGCAAUACAAACAUCCUAACUACGAAAAUGCCACUUAUCUCCAUGAUCUCUUGCUGCUUAAGCUCAGCCAAGCGGUGGAAGAGACCAUGGCCAUAAAGUAUUUGCUAUUGGCAAAUACAAUCCCAGACCCCAAGGAAGGCACCAUAUGUAUGGUGGCUGGAUGGGGGUUCGUCAACGUUAAAAAAGAAGUCAUGUCAGAUGAUCUGAUGUCCGCCGAUGUCACUGUUAUCAAAAGGGAAACGUGCAACUUAACCAAAUAUAAAAAUACCAAGUAUACCAUCACUUCUGACAUGGUAUGUGCCGGAACUGUAGACGAGAAUCCAGACGUUCGGGAUACUUGUCGGGGAGACUCUGGAGGACCUCUGAUGUGCAACGGUGUGCAAGUAGGAAUCACUUCCUUUGGCAUCGGCUGUGCCAAUAGGACCAAACCAGGAGUGUAUGCUUUGCUUAUCAAACAACACAUUGAAUGGAUAAAUAAAGUAAUGCAGAAACAAGAGUUAUUCUGAGGAAUAUGCAACUCAACGAUGUCAAAAUGAUGUUCAAAUAAUUGUUUCGAUAUGCAAGAUAAUGUUGAUUACUGGAUGAAAUUCGUGCUACACUCAUCCCUCUGAGAAUAAUGUAUUUCUUAUGUACUUUUAUAAGUAAAAUCAAUCAGGUAGUAAAAGUUAUGCUAUAGCAAUAUCUAUGUAUGUAAAUCAUAAUAUUUAGGGGUAAUUAUUCAUUUUUACUUGCUGUAAGGUUAACAUAGAUUGAUAAGGAGUUCUAAACUCAUAACAGCCAGGCCUUAGAAGGCCCAUCUGCUCUAGCAAUGUGUGGAAGGCUACUUCAAGACAAAGAGGGUGAGGUGACGUAUGGCGUACAAGGCCGAAUAACAACUUGCAAGGCCGAAUAGCAACUUUUUAUAAGGGAGGGUUCCAGUUGCAGAGCAGAUGGAAGGAGACCCCAAAGGAGGAGUAAUCAACAGUAUAGUGUGUUUGUGAUGUGUGGAGCUCAGAGUUGACGGGGAGGCCGUCAGGCAGCUGACUCUCACGGACGGAGGGACUGCCGCGCCCAAAACGUUUUGUCUCUGUACUGCAGAACAUAUGGAUGUUCGUGUAAGCUUUGCAACGCCAUAGAAUAAAUUAUCUUAAAUUCUG